AUCAAGCAGAGAGAAAGACAGACUUCAGAAGGUGGAAAAAAGAGCUCAUAGAAGUUCAAGUGGGGGAAAGAGAUUAAAAUUUCAACAAAAUCAAAAGCAACGAAAAAGAUGCUACUGCAGUAUUUUAUAGUUGUGGGGAUGGCCCUUCUUAUGACAGGGGCUCAAAGUGAGGUAAUCGAGGUGUUUGCAGAAGCAGGCUCUCAGGCUAUACUACCCUGUAAAUGCAACCCUUUGUCUACACAUCUCCCUGCCAUCAUCUGGACUAAAGCUAACAAAGGCACUGUUUGGAGAAAGGAAAGGAGUGGUCUGCAGUACUGGGGUUAUAGCUGGUCACCCAAAGGGAGCCACCGCGCACAAUGCCCCCACUCCCAGUUUGAAAGAGGCGAUUACAGCCUGCAAAUCAACAACGUAAUGGAUGAAGAUGGAGGAAUUUACUCUUGCAGGGUGGAAAAUGGAAACCAGGUUACUGAAAACGUGGUGUCACUCAGAAUCAUUAAAGUGUCCAUCUCUCCUUCGGUUCCCAUAUGGGGAAAAGACGUUACAAUCAGCUGUAAUGUGAAUCCUUGGCCUAAUGGCGCCACCGUGCAGUGGACGUUAAACAACAGCCGAUUUUUGACCCCGACUGCAAUCAUGAACAAAGGUUUCAUGAGGGAAAAGGCAGCUGCAAGACUGACAGGAAACUGGACCUGUGUCGUGGACUACAAGGGCAAAGAGGGGCGAGCUUCAGCAACACUGACUGUGAUGGGAAUCGUCCAACCAUCCAAAGAUGAUACCAAAGUGUAUGCUGCUGUGGGUUCUGCAGUCACACUCCCCUGUGUGUUCUCCUCCGAGUUAAUCCCCUCUAGAACGGUCUGGGAGAAACUGAAAGCUGGGUCUUUCAAACCCACUCCUGGUCGCCUUCCUGACUCUUUCUCUCCAAUCUCACCCUCCUCUCAGCCCUCCUCGGAUAAUUCUGCUAGUUUGAAAGAGGUUGGGUUUGAGGAUGCGGGCAGAUACAGAUGCUCUGGGACCGUAGAACAACAACGGUUGACUCGAAAUAUGCAACUUGUCGUUGCCAAAAUUGACAGCAGCAUCCCGUCAAAGAAGAAAGACUCUUUGAUGUUGACCUGCCAAUUGAGUGACACAAGCGAAGUCACCAACUAUGAGUGGGUUCAUGUUGCCUAUGACCUCAAUGGCACCCGGUCGGAGGGCUCCAUCCUGAACGGGAAGACUCUAAGUAUAAGCAAAGUGUCAGAGGAGAACCGAGGUGAAUGGGCAUGUCGAUUCUACGGGAAAGAAGGCCUUCUGGGAAAUGUUACAUACCAGGUUCACCUAAUGGGUGGUCUGAGUGGACAAAAAUCGUCAGGUGUCUCACAGAACACCGUUGCCGUGGUCGGCCUCAGCUUUCUCCUCAUCGUUCUGCUGUUGAUUUUGAUUCAGAUGUACAAGAACCACCAAAGGAGGAAAAGGAUCUUUCAGUACCCUGCGCUGGAGACGAUUGUUCAUACCACCUCCAAUGAGCGGGAGGAAAGAGAAAGGAACCGAGAGAAAAUGUAAAGACAUAUCAAUGCAGAGGCAUUGCAGGAAAGAUCUCACGGUACUAAACUGAAUUGAGAUCCAUCCUCUUCAUGCCUGCAAUAUAUUGGGAGACUUUUGUUGCACAAGUUUUGUAAAUACAGUAUAACCAGAGCAGACGUUGUAGCAGUGUUGUUCUUUGAAAUGUUGUAUAUUAUCUUUGUAACUGUAAUUGUUCUACUGUAAGUGAGGAUUUGUUGCCAUAUAUACCUGUUGAAAAUAAAAUGU